AUGCCAGCUCUUGGGCUGCUGCUUCUGGCCUCCCUCGUGUGUGGCGUAGGGGCCAGGACAGCCCACCUCUGGAAGGCCAACGACCGGAGCAGCCGAUGUCAGUACACCUUCAGUGUGGCCAGCCCCGACGAGUCCAGCUGCCCCGAGCUGGGUCAGGCCAUGUCAGCCAACCAGGACCUGCAGAAAGACAGCAGCAUCCAGUGCGCAGCCCUGGAGAACAAGGCCGGGCUUAGCCACCUGGAGGGCCUCUUCCACCGGCUGGGUGUGGACCAGCCUGCCAGCCAGGAGAGCCAGGCGGAGCUGCUGAGGGAGCUGGACGCCCUGAGGAGGGAGCAGGACUGGCUGGAGACCCAAACCAGGGAGCUGGAGACCGCCUAUAGCAAACUCCUCCUAGACAAGUCGGCUCUGGAGGAAGAGAAUGUGGACCUGGCCAGGAGGUUGGAAAGCAGCAGCCAGGAGGUGGCGAGGCUGAGAAGGGGCCAGUGUCCCCAGGCCUGGAACGGCUCUCAGGACCUGCCAUCAGACUCCAGGGAAGUUUCUUAAUGGAAUUUGGAGAAUUUGGACUUCCAGGAACUGAAAUCUGAAUUGACUGAGGUUCCUGCUUCCUGAAUCUUGAAAGAGAGCCCAUCCAGUCAUCCCAGGAGCAAAGAGGGAGACAUGGAAUGCGGAGAACUGGUUUGGGUAGGAGAGCCUGUCACUCUGAGAACAGCUGAGGCAAUCACUGGCAAGUACGGCAUGUGGAUGAGAGACCCCAAGCCCACCUACCCCUGUACUCAGGAGACAACAUGGAGAGUCGACACUGUUGAGGCAUCCACCGUUUUCGAGCACGACCUCGGCAGCCAAUUCGUGCACGGGUACCCUUCCAAGGUUCACGUGCUGCCCACGCCGCUGGAAAGCACCGACGCAGUGGUGUACAAGGGAAGCCUCUAUUUUCAGGGACCCAUGUCAAGAACUGUAAUCACGUACGAGCUGCACACCAAGACAGUGAAGGCUGAGAAGGACAUCCCUGGGUCCGGCUACCACGGGCAGUUCCCGUAUUCUUGGCGCGGCUACAUGGACAUUGACUUAGCUGUGGACGAGAAAGGCCUCUGGGUCAUCUACAGCACCGAGGAGGCCAAAGGCGCCAUCGUCCUUUCCAAACUGAGAGCAGAGAAUCUGGAGCUCGAACGAACCAGGGAGACGAACAUCCAUAAGCAGUCAGGCACCGCCUUCCUCAUCUGUGGCACCCUGUACACCGUCAGCAGCUACUCGUCUGCUGAUGCGACUGUCAACUUUGCUUACGACACAGGCACAGGCAGUGGCAAGGCCCUGACCAUCCCAUUCAAGAACUGCUUCGAGUACAGCAGGAUGAUUGACUACAACCCCCUGGAGAAGAAGCUCUUUGGCUGGGACAACUUCAACAUGGUCACCUAUGACAUCAGGCUCUCCAAGAGAUGA